GAUACGUGACGGCAGAAGUGUUUCGUGUGUGUGUCGCAAUUUUUUCUAAAUACGAUGAAUAUUAGCGGGUGUUAGGCUUGAUUUCUAUUUAUAAAUAAUUAUUUGUACAUAUUUAAGUAAAAUGUUGUAAAGUGUUUUAAAAUCUAUCAAAGGAAAUCUAAACAAAGUCGUCAAAAUGGCCAAGGAAAUGAUGAUAGUAUUUGUGUAUGACACACAAUGCUGUGUGUCGGAGGAGGAUGACCCUGCAGAAGCUGUGCUCUACUUUCAUCCAGGCUGGGUGUCUGACACUCAGAGACAUGCAUUAGCAGGACAGGUGGUUGGGGCUGCACAUUGCGUUAAGAGCCUCUUCUCCCAACCAGUCUCUAUCACACUGCAAAGUGGGAAGUUUAUCCUAAGAGAGUAUGGCAGAUAUGUUCUGGCUAUAGGUAGUGAUCGUAAUAUCCCAGACUGGGUACUAAAGAACCGUGCGAGACUGCUCACCUCCAUGAUCAAAGUAUACCACGGCGAUAUGCACACUAUCGCCGAACAGAUGGAGGACCCGAAAAGACUUGCGGAGAAACUCUACCAGAUAUUCGAAACUUACUUACCCGUGCUUCAGUAUGGAUGUCAUAUAUUCCAACGUGUACCAAUGCUUAGUCUGCCGAAGAGCGCUAGUUCCGUGUACAUGGAAUCAAUGCAAGUCCUCGAGCAUUGCAGCAAAAGUGUCGGCGUGCUCGGCGGAAUCGUACUCUACAAUAACAAAAUCAUCGCAACCCAACUGCCACCGAGUCUGACCUCCUACUUGACGGUAGUAGACCCUUAUCGAAUAAAGUCUCCCGCGGAGACAGUGCAGACGGAGACGCCGCUGCCGCUCGGCGCUCAGCUGCUCGUCGUGUACGUCGCCAGGAAGACGUACGACACGCUGAAGAAACACGCCGAUAAAAUGCAAGACUUCUAUCAAAAUGGAGAGGAAAUGAUCGCAAAGUUUAAAAAGAUGCAAGAAGCAGAACGUGAAAAACAAAGGGAAUUUCCACAGGGUGGUAUGAAAAGAGACAAGUCUUUACUAUUCACAGCCGUCCCCGAAGAGGAUCAUACUAUGAUAUCGCCACCUAACAAGGAGAAUACAUCCGAAAACAGAAAACCCAGCAUGCCAGAUGUAGUGCCGUUUACCAACAAACCUCGUCCCAGACCUACCAAACUGUCUCUCAGCUUCAAAACACAGAAAUCCCUCGACGAAGACGCGAUGGAAAACGAAACGAAGUUCACAGGACAAACUAGUGUAUGUUCUACUCCGAUGGUAGAAUACAAGAGACUUCACGGCAACAUGUUAUCAAUAUGCCAAAAUCCAGAUAAUCAAACGCAAGAGAAAUCACCCGAUGUUGAACCAGAUGUUUUAAAGAACAUAGAGAAUAGUGCCAAAUUAAAAAUUGAAAGUGAGAAGAGAGAUAAUAAAAUGCUUUUGGAUAUCAACUGCAUCGCUGAUCACUUCAUAAAUAAGCCAGAACCGAUAAGAAAAUUGGCUAGUGUUAUGGACAUUCAGGAAACAUUUAGAAAGAUCUCCAACAGAGCGACGUCCAAGUUUAAAUUAAAACGAUCUCAGAAUGAAGACGACUCGCCCGCGGAGGAGGCGAGGAGCCCCAGCACGCUCACUAUAAACGAUCCCUUGUUCCCCGUAUUCCGGAACGAUGGUGUUGCCAUAUCGGAAUCGCUUUUCAACCAGUAUCUCGAGCAGUAUUAUUCAAGAAUGAAUCAGGAAUCUAAAGAGGAGAAUAUGUUUAAUUUCAACAUCAAACUAGGAGAACAGGAGAAGUUUGAAGACUUCGAUUCCGAUAUGACAAAAUCGCCUCAGCGAACUCCCAAAAAAAUAGUAAAAGACAGUAAAGCAGUACCUAGCGAUCAGUCUAGGCGAAAAGCUUUAUCUCUACCUCUAAAAUCUUUAACGGAGAGUGAAACAGCGAUAGAGUCGGAGGCGGUUAGUUUUAAGAAGAAAUUAACUGGAGUCCAAUUAACUCCGUUGAUGGAGAAGUUGAGUCACUUAGCGUUCACAUCGGAUAAGUCUAGCGGGUACAGCAGCAGGGUAAUGACUCCCUUAGAAAUAAGAGAAUUUCUGACUCCAGCUGGGGAGCGUCAAGUCAACUUCUCUGACAGAAGUAAGAGUCAGCGUGAGGAGUCGGAAGGUGACGGUGAGGGUGAGUCUGAUGAUGAGCUGGACGCGCUGCCGGAGUUCGGUAGUGCGGCAGUGAAGUGCGCGCUGUUUGUAAGCGGUUUGCACAACAUGGCGCUGCUCGCGCUCAUAGACCUUGCCGCAGCUGAUAAUGCGGAUACUAUUAAUAAUCUGUGGGAAACGUCUCUGAACGCGCUGGGUCCUAUAGAGCAGAGGUGCAUGGAGCCGCUGCCGGGCGCGGCCGAGAGCAGCGACUACAGCCACCUCAUGCUGGACCCCGACUGGGGCUCCGUGCGCAAGGGCGGGCCCUGGGCCGCCAUGGACAUCGCCACCAUGGGACUCAUACAUAACGAAUUUGCAGAAGACCCCGAAAUCUCUGAAUAUAUCCUGAGGAGCGAGGAAAGCGUGGUGGUGGGCGCGUCGUGCGGCGGCGGGCAGCUGUACUACCAGGAGGCUGGCGCGCGGCCGCCAGGCCCGCCGCCGCCCUCCGACGCCUUCGCCGCCGCCCCGCUGCGCGCGCGCCGCCGUCUGCACCGCGACCACUGCGCACUGCUCAUCUAGACUACGGACCACCGCUGCGCAAUACUCAGAUAGACCUCGGACCACCGCUGCGCACUAUUCAGAUGGACCACCGCUGCGCACUACUCAGAUAGACCACGGACCACCGCUGCGCACUACUCAGAUAGACCACGGACCACCACUGCGCACUACUCAUCUAGACCAUGAACCACCACUGCGCACUACUCAUAUAGACCACGGACCACCACUGCGCACUACUCAUAUAGACCACGGACCACCACUGCGCACUAAUGUAGACCACAGACCGCAAUUCUGACUCUCACUAUAAAACCUGGUUCACAUUGGCCAAAACAGUUGAACAGUAGCACUCAAAACCUGGAUCGCUGUUCAACUGGCAUAAUCUAAACUUACUGGUGGCAGUGAAUCACUGAAUCAGUGAAUAUUGGCCAAAUGUGAACUAGUCAUAAAGGCGGGAAUACACAUGCCAGUACCUUUACUUGGAUACAAGUUACUGACAUGACGAUAAUGUCAUGAAAGUUAUGGUUUUGGUCGAUUAGGGCUACGAAACUAGUCACUGACACGUAAUGUUUCGUGAACUGGCAUGUAAACAGCUAACUCUACGUACAUGAAUCGGUUUUUAAAUUGAAAACGUAUGGAGUCUCGAAAAAUGAAGUCUUAAAUUUAUAUAGUAUCCCGAUGUCAUAAGCGAAAAUUAUGUUUUUUAGUCUGGUAUACAACGUAUAAUCGAAUUCCUUAUUUACUACGUAAAAGACAAUUACCAUAUUGCUGCCAUCGCAACGAAUUUUUUAUAUUUAAAUUUAUACUGAUAUUAUUCAUAAAAAACACGAUCGGCAAAAUUUUCACAUUAAUACAUUCUACGUUUUACUUUGUUUGUCUAGGAAUACAAGACUGAUUUCAAAACGUAUUCACACUGCGCAUAUUGGAAACUUCAUUUGCGCGUUAUAUUUGUAUUAUAUGAAAAAUUCUGUACCAUUCCAAUGCCGCCCCUCCAUGCAAAUGUUCCGUCAAAAAUUAGUACCGAAAAACUCGUAUAUGCCAGCAACUAGAUGCCUUUUAUUCUCAAUACUCUAGUGAUUUUUAGAUUUAAAACGGCGGUUUACUUAGGUCCCCUAAGGGCGAAUUUUUUGGUAUUUUCUAUCUACUUAUCUUUAGUAAUCUUAAUAGAAUAUAGUAUAGUAUUGGAUUUAGCGUAAAACCUUAGGUUCUUAUACGAUGUAGAACCGAUUUAGAUUGUAAACAAUGUCUUAAGGAAGGCAUCCGAUGCGUUUUUUAUUCUCCUAUUAUAAUCCGAUAUUCGGUAGUAAAGUUCAAUUUAUUAUUAAAAAUUACUUAACUGUCUCCUUUAGCAAUUUUUUUACUGUUAGUGCGGCCAUCUUGGCCAUAGACAACAUUUAGCCAUAGUCCAACAUAUUAGUAUUCUAGAAUUAUAGUUCAAUAUGCUCUUAGUACAAUAGGAAUUCAAUCCUUUCCAAUAUCUGCCUCAGUUCUUGCUAACAUUGUUCGUAAAUCAAAAUCAUAAUUAAUCUAUAGUCAUUUACAUGUCCAACACAUAUCUUCACGUUGUCCUUAAAAAUAGUAUUUAUUUAUUACUUAAGGUUACUUGAGAUUCUCCCUAUAACGCUCCUCUUGCACAGCCUCAUUGUUCUUGAUUAUUUUUGAGGAUUUUUACUCUUCAAGCAAGUCAUUUCCUUGAAUUCGAUGUACAGUUAACGUCAGAUAGUAAACAGGAUAUUGUCAAGGAGACGGCCUGUCCAAUGCAAUUAUUUUUAACGUUCAAGACGGGAACAAUCUCAAACAUCUGGCGCUUACUGUACAAACAAUUCCAACCCAAAACUUAUAAAAACACAUCUUGGUGUUGCUAUUUAAAAAAAAACCGUUAUAACCGGGUAUUUCAAACAAUUUUUUUGUGAAUCUUGAAGUACAAUUUUAGGUUAACUAUAAAAAUUAAGUUUUGGGUUGGAAUGACAUGUUAAAAGGGUACUUGUAAAAUUCAAUUCAUACGCUCACUGACCUUGCCAUUAGCUCGUAAGUACUUUGGCCACACCGUAGGUUGAUAUUCGCUAGUCUGCUCAAUCUUGCCAUCCGAUUAUAGCGUAUAAAACAAAGUUGUAUAAUUAUUUUAAGAUAAAACGAUAUGUUUUAAGCUAGAGACCUUCCAAUCGCCAUAUUGCUGCUUAUCACAGCAAUCAUUUUAAUAAUAUUUUGACAUUCACUUACCUAAAGUUUGCAUUAAUUGAUAAUCUUCAAAUUGUCCACACCAAGCUAAAAAGCUUGCUAUUUCUUUGUUUACCUAGUAUUUUGUCAAUCUUGUUAACAUUUUUAGAGUAAAUAAGCCAGCUCUAGACCACGAUCCCACCUGAUAUGGUACACGCUAGCUCAGAAACGAAUCUUUACAAUUUUCUUUUCAAAUGACUGAAAUAUGCAGCUGGAUUUAUCAAUGUAACAAAUCUAUGCUUCUCAGUAUGAAAAAAAAUACUUCAUGAAAACAAAGUUUGUAGUCUAAUAGUAUAUUGUUUUGAAAUGCAUUAACACAUUAAUAUUCACUUAUCCAAUAACUGGCUUCGAAAAACUAGGCACAGUGGCUUAUUCUACUUAUCAAAGCAGAAUGUGUGUCCCAUUUGUUAAUACUAGUCGACAUUGAAGAUUUCCUAAGCCACCUUCGAACAUCCGUGAUCGAAAAUGGAAAGUAUUUACUUGGUAUAUUUUUGUAUUUUUUAUUAAGAUUGUGAUAGUAUAGACCGAGAAAUAUAUCUGACCCGGUGUGUAUAAGUCAAACUAAAUUUUGUCAAAGAACUGUCUUGUCAUUUUUAAAUGAGUAACAUUUUCUGGCAGAACUGACCGCGAGUCAGAUAUCCUCGUCGGUCUAUAUGCAAACACGACGUCAUAGUACACGUCUUGCAAAUGUUUGUGCAAUGUUAUUUUAAUUUUAUAUUUGUUAUUUCAGUAUUAUGUUGCAUUUCCAAACAAUGCUGAAAAUGUUGAACAUUCCAUUUUUUAUAGAAGUUGAACGAAUGUACAAAAUCAAUUAAUCUCGGAACGCGUCCAAAUCAAUAUACAAUUUAUAAAUGUGGUUUUUAUACUCCGUCUUGCCUAUAUUAUUUUGUUACCUAUUUUUUUGUUAUGACCCAUACAAUAGUUAUGUACUAUGUUAGUAAAUAGGACACGGUAAUGUGGAAGCUAUUUUUAAUUAUACAUAAAUAUUGUUAAUAAUUUUAAUAAAAACCCUAUAGUGGAA